AGAAAGUCAGAAACCCGAAAACAAAAUUUUCUGGAGUAGAAAAUGAAGUAAAAAUACAUUGUAAUACUAUCAAAUCUACAUAAAUAAUGGAUUCCGACGACGAAAAUGAUUAUCAACCGUCCUGGAGAGGAGUGCCGGGUAUAGUGAUUCUAAUUAAUGUAUUUGAAAACUCUAAACACAACAUCUUUGAGAUUGCUCAAAUUGCAACAUGUCGUUUGUUAAAACAACACAUGAGAUCAUCGAGUUCACACCACAUUGCAGUAUGCUUGUAUGGGUCUGAAGAGUCUUCUACCUCUAAGUUUGAUGUAAAACCUGUUACGGAAAUAAUCCCCUUGUCUGUGCCGACCUUAGAGGAUUUUAAGAAAUUUAAAAAUAUGACCAAAACUUCUUUUACCGAGGCUAAAGAGUUCAAGUUGUCAGAUGUCUUGUGGCAUUCUAGUAAAAUGUUUCUUAAUUGUAAGAAACAAUUGUCAUCUCGGAGUGUAAUAAUGCUUACUCGAUUUGAUAUUGCACCUGUUGUACUGGAUCAGAAACCGACACUUAACAGAGCCAGUGAUCUUAUUGAUUCCAACAUAGAUAUAAGAGUAAUAAAUAUAUCCGAUCAACAGUAUGUAAUUGAUACAUUCUAUGAGAAGUUUUUGAAAAUAGCCAAUAGGGGAAUGGAUUAUGUUGUGCCAAAGCCAAUAUCAAGUCCAAUCGAGAUUGAAAAACUCAUGCAUCAAGAAUCACAUCGACAUUCAGCUGUUGCAAAACUAAAUUUCGAAAUUUGUAAGGAUUUUAAUAUUGGAGUUGGUAUUUAUAACUUACUCAAAAGACCCGGUCAAAACAACAAAAAAAAUGUUUAUUUAGAUAGAGAAAGUAAUGCGGUUGUUACUAGUGUGACAAAAACAGUAAAAGUUAGCAUUGAUGCCACUGAAAUUGAUGAAGACAAUAGUCAACCCAAAGAAGUGCCAUUGAUUAAGUCAGAAUUACUGUAUUACCAAGAGUUUGGAGGUGAGAGGAUAGAAUUCACAGAUAAAGAAAUGAAGACUAUCAAGAAUCCUUUUGGCCCUCCCAUGAUGAAACUCCUCGGUUUCAAACCUGCUAGAAUUAUUUGCAAGGAAAAGUGGUAUUUAAAAAUGGGACACUUCUUGUUUCCUAAUGAAAAAACCAUAGAAGGAUCAACUGUUGCAUGCAAGGCAUUGCAUAAAGCCUGUGCAGACAUGGAAAUGGUUGCUAUUUGUAUUCUAUGCACAAGAGUGAAUGCUAAACCGGUUGUUGUUGCACUGUCUCCUUGUGUAAGGCCAUUAAAUUUAGAUGUGGAUGUUGGUUUUGAUAUCAUCCACAUUCCCUUUGUUGAAAGUGUCAGAGAUGUCAACAUUAAUGAAGAUGAAGAUAAUGUAGAAUCUUCAGUUGUAUGUAUAGAACAAGCACAUAAAUCACUGAUGAAAGAUAUACUGAAUGAAUUGACAGUAGAGUAUAAACCAGAUAUGUUUGAGGAUCCUAAGUUACAGUCCAAAUACAGAGCCUUAGAAGCAAUUGCUUUAGAUGAGGAAGAUAAUGAUCCAUUUGUUGAUACAACAAUACCCAACCCGGAGAGGUUCGAGAAUAUUAGAGAUGAUUUGUUUGAAGAGUUAUUUGGCCCAUUUGGUGAUAUGUCUCUGAAGAGAACUGCAGAAAAACAGGCAUCAAAUGGUGGAAAGAAACAAAAAGUAGAGGAUAUAGAUGAAGAUCUUUUGGACCUCCGACUGAAGAGUAAAAAACUAAAUGAUUAUUCAGUUGCACAAUUGAGGCAAAUAUUGAGAUUCAAGCAAAUUAAAGGCCUCACUGGUUUAACUGGGCUUAAAAAGAGGGAACUUGUUAAUUUAGUCUAUGAGCAUUGCGUUUCACAAGAUAAAUAAGUUAUAUUUUAUGAACCAAUAAAAUUUAUAAGGUUUGA